AUGACGGCCGCCCCGCCGCCGCCCGACCCCGCGACGGCCCGCGCGCAGCUCGUGCGCCGCCACUCGCGCGAGACCGUCGACCAGCUCCUCCGCGACGCCUUCGCGCGCAUGGACGUCGACCGCGACGGCCGCGUCGACGCGCUCGACCUCCAGCGCGGGCUCCGCGCGGCCGGCGUCGCGCUCGCGCCCCGCGACGUGGCAGCGCUCAUGCAGCGCCUCGACCCGCAGAAUCGCGGGCUCCUGACCUACGCGGACUUUGCAGCGCUGCACGAUGCAGUCAUCAGCCGCACGUUCCGCGCGCUGGACCGCUGCGACAAGGGCUACGUCGAGGACCACGAGCUGCAGCGCGGGCUCGAGGCGCUCGGCGUGCACGUGACGCUGCAGGAAGCGACGGAAAUGAUUCAGCAGCUGAAGCCGCGUGACGCGCACCGCGUGACCGAAGCGGACUUUAAGGGGCUGUACCUGCUCUUGCGGGCGCAGAUGGUCGCGUCGCCCACGGCGCUCGAGCGCUUCUGGUGGGACCCCGACGUGCGCGCGCUGUCCAAGCACUGGUGGAAAGCCAGCGUCGAGGUGGGCGAGAGCGGACUGCGGGCGCCGCUGCCGUCGCAGGACGGACGGGCCGUAAGGGUCUCGCCCGUGGUCAAGUUCCUCGGCGGUGCGCUCUCGGGCGUGAUUGAAGCCGUGAUCCUCACGCCGCUCGACGUGACCAAGACGCGCAUGCAGCUGGACAAGAAGGGGCAGUACCGCGGCAUGGUGGACUGCGGCAAGAAGCUCGUGGCGGCCGAAGGGCCCAAGGGGCUGUUUAAAGGCUUUACGCCCUGGACCGUGCACGUCGUGCUGAAGAACGGCACGCGGUUCUACUUUAACGCCAUCUUCCGCCGCAUGCUGUCGGACCAGAAUGGACAGGUGAGCGGCGCGAAUGAGUUCAUUGCCGGUGCACUCGCCGGCGCCACGGAGGCCGUGCUGAUCGUCACGCCGUUUGAAGUCAUCAAGACGCGUCUGCAGGGCCAGGACAUUGUCGCGGGCGAAGUGCCCAAGUACCGCGGCCCCGUGCACACUGCGACGACGAUUGUCAAGCGAGAGGGACCUCUUGCGCUGUGGAAGGGGCUGGCACCGACGAUCGGCCGGCAGGGCCUCAACCAAGCGUGCAGCUUCUGGUCCAACAACUUUAUCAAGAAGCACGUGUGGAAGCUCCAAGAAGGCGACUCGCUGCCCGCGUGGAAAAGCGGACUCACCGGUAUGAUCGGAGCGAUUCCUGGCCCGUGCAUCAAUUGCCCCAUGGACGUGGUCAAGACGCGGCUAAUGGCGCAGGAGGCCGCGGCGGGUGCAGGUGGCAAGUACAAGGGCAUGGUGGAUGCCAUGGCCAUCAUCGCUAAGGAAGAAGGCAUUGCCGCGCUGUACAAAGGCCUCGUGCCGCGUCUCACGCGUCUGUGUCCAUCCUAUGGUAUCCAGUGGCUCGUCAUGGACAAGGUCACCGAGCACUUUGCCAAAGUCUAA